AUGAGCUCAACCUUAUCUGGUCGUCCACAAGAAUUUGUUAACACCAAAAACACACAAGUAAAAACUAACUCACCACUUAGUAUAGUUUACACAGCACCCCAAGAUCCUGAAGAAACAUCACCUACUAAAGCUCACCACAAAUCAAGACCUUCACUCAAACUUCAAUGUACAGAUUUAAUGUUGACGAUACCAGCCAUAAAUUACCAUCCUCCUACUGAAACCUGCGCUUCGCCGGCUCCGCAGCAGACAGGGUUCAGUAAAUAUUUGUCAAAUAAUGGCGGUACUACAAAGUCGUCAGAGACUGCACAAUCUACAAAUAAUUCUCUAAGAACUUUAUUGUUUCGAAAGAAACUCUUGGACGACGGACAAGGACAUGAUGAAUUUCUUUUCUCACCUAUUUAUAAUCAUAUUACAACUCGUACGUAUUUAAAUUACGAGGAUGAAGAUAUUUAUAGUCCUGAAAUUUCAACUCCUGUAAAUGUGCCUGUAAAUUAUCAUCGAACAUCGCAGGAUUCCGGUGUCGAUGUGAGCUUUUCAGAAAAUCAAACAUCUUACUAUGUGCCACCAAUCCUCUCUAUGAGUGGCGCUGCUAUGCAUAACAAGUUUAUUGACAAGAAAUUGGCAACUAGUGAUUGUUGA